AUGGAUUCCUGGAUGAAAAGCAACCCUGGUAAAAGGUUUACCAUAUACGAUUUACCUUCUGUUACAUCAAAUGCACUUGUAAACGCAGCUACACCAAAAAAUAUAAUAAAUGGUUUUUCUGUGUCUGGUGUAUGGCCAUUCAAUAGAAAUGUGUUUAACGAGGAUGAAUAUGCGCCAUCAACUGUUACAAAUAUUUUGUUAAAUAAUACAGAUAAUAUGCAUACUAAUGAAACAUCUGAGAACACACAUACAGUUAUAACAAACAUAAUAACUGAAACAUUAAGACAAAAGCCAAUUACUAUAUCACCUGAAAGUAUCAGACCUUAUUCUAAAUCACCAGCAAUAUUCCAAAGAAUUCUAAGCAAUAUAAUUAGAAAAUAUGAGUUGACAAUUUUCACAGUAAACUACAUUGAUGAUAUAUUGAUAUUUUCAAAAACAUUUGAAAAACAUUUAGAACACCUAAAAAAAUUAUUGGAUGCAAUAAUAAAAGAAGGUUUCAAGUUAAAUUUAUCAAAAUGUUUUUUUGCAACAGAUACAGUAAAUUACCUAGGUCAUAUAAUAGGUUAUAAUACAGUGAGACCUAUGACAGAUAAUCUAAAAUCAAUAAUGGACUUCCCAACACCAACUACACAAAAAAACAUUCGUCAAUUUCUAAGUAAGAUUAAUUUUUAUCAUGAAUAUGUGCCGAAGGUUGCAACUAUUUUAGAACCACUACAUAGAUUGCUUAGAAAAAACCAAACAUUUAUUUGGUCACAAGAAUGUCAAAAGGCCUUCAAUUAUUUAAAAAAUUAUUUAUGUAAAACACCAAUUUUGACUAUUUAUGAUCCUAAAUUACCAAUCAAAAUGUAUACUGAUGGAAGUAUUAUAGGAUUGGGAGGAGUAUUGAAACAACCUCAAUCAGAUAAUAACAAAAAACCAGUGGCAUAUUUUUCAAAAAAAUUAACAAGUGCACAAAGUAAAAAGAAACCGAUAUACUUAGAAGUGUUAGCUAUUAAAGAAGCUAUUAAAUUUUGGCAAUACUGGUUGAUUGGUAGAUAUUUUGAAGUGUAUUCAGAUCACAAACCUUUGAAGGACUUAAAUAUAAAAGCUAGACCAGACGAAAAACUGGGCGACUUGACUUAUUAUAUGUCUCAAUUCGACUUUAAGGUGAUAUAUAAUCCAGGAAAAUUCAAUAUAGAAGCGGAUUGUUUAAGCAGACACCCAGUAUUGGAAGCUGAUGAAAGUAAAGAAGAUAUUCUAAAAACAGUAAAUAUAAUAAGUUUGGAAAAUAUCAAGGAAGACUAA